AUGCUUAAAUGUUUAUCAAAUCUUGCAAAUUUUAAUUUAUUAUUUUUACAUUUCAAUGUUUUUCAUGCACACAGACACAAUAUAACAUUGUAUAAGUGCCUUGAAGAUAACUGUUUAAGGUCUUUUAGUAGGUUAAAUUCAUUUAGAAAACAUGUAAAAUGUCAUAUUAACAAUUCUCCAAUUUUGCAUGAUUUGAAUAACAUUUGUAACAACAAUCAUUUUGACCUCCCUGAUGCACCUAUUAUUAAUAUUAUAAAUAAUAAUGUAUUAGAUGAGUCCAUCAUCAUUCAAACUGACAAUAGUGACAACUAUGAAUAA